CAAGUUUAAUCGAGCUCGAAGCGAGCUGGCUUCGUGUUCGAAUUUUCCGCUCCACCUUAAGUGGCUGACGCGCCGGAAUGUAGUUAACUUCUGCACCAUUUAAGGUGGAACGGAGAAUUCGGUUAAGAAGCCUCGUGUGAAUGUAAGCAGCGCCCUGCGCUCUGGCCCGUGCACAGCGACUACAAAUGGCAGGGAUUUUUUUCUGCUUCAUAACUCUACAGUACUUCCGGGUGUCUGGCCGGUGUUUGGGUCUUUUCCUAUCCACUCCUCAGAUCUCUGGUCCUCUGCGCUCCCUGACCAGCCGCACGGUGUCUCUUUCACUGUAAAUAUUAACGUUUCUACCACUUCUGUCCUGUCCACCAUGUCCAGAUGUUGGUCCCGGCCACGCUGCUAAUCCGUCCGAUAAUGUUUAGCUGCUGCUGCUGCUGCUCGACUAAAGCGGGUUACAUCGACACAGAUUUGCUUUCAUCGCCAUGAAGCGCAUCGCUUUACUUCUGCUCUCGUUCCUUCUGACGGAGUGCUCGGAGAGACCUCUGCGGGGAUAUGGAGAAUAUGAUCACCUCAGCUCGAUGCUGGCAGACUUUGAUGUGCUGAACUUGUCCAGUCUGCAGCAGCACUCUGUUCGUAAGCGAGAUGUGCAGACGCACACACAUGCAGAGAGGCUGCUCAGCUUCACCGCAUUACAGAGGCACUUCAGGCUGUACCUGACGACCAACACUGAACUUUUCACAGACGACUUCAGUGCUGUGGUGGUGGGGCAAGACGGCACGCAGGAGGCUUAUGAGGUCCAACGAGAGAACUUUUUCACCGGCCACGUCGUUGGGGAGGAAAACUCUCGCGUGCAGGCUCACAUUGAUGACAAUGACUUCACUGCCCACAUCCUGACUGAUGAAGCUGAUUACAACAUAGAGCCUCUGUGGAGGUUCACUGAGGGUUCGCCGGAUGACCGUUUGCUGGUGUACCGCUCAGAGGACAUUCGGAAUGUGAGUCGGCUUUCCGCUCCUAAAGUGUGUGGUUAUGUCAGUGCCGAGGCGACUCAGCUCCUGCCUGACAGUGUGCGUAUGGCCACAGCACAGGAGGAAGAUGAGAAAGAGGAGGAGCACCUGCGAGAGAGGAGGCAGGCAAUAGACCACAGUAAGAACACCUGCCCCCUGCUGCUGGUGGCUGACUAUCGCUUCUUCAGACACAUGGGCCACAGAGAGGAGAGCACCACCAUAAACUACCUGAUUGAACUGAUUGACCGAGUGGAUGACAUUUACAGAAACACGUCUUGGGAUGAGGAAUUUAAGGGAUAUGGUGUUCAGAUACAGCAGAUUAUCAUUAACAAAACCCCCACCAAACCGGAUCCAGGGAAGGCCCACUUCAACAUGAGGGGGAGUCCAGUGAAAAACAAAGAUGUGUGGGAUGUGAAAAAACUGCUCGAGCAAUUCAGCAUUGACAUUGCUGCCAACGCCUCCAAAGUGUGUCUAGCUCAUCUGUUUACCUAUCAAGACUUUGAUGAAGGCACUCUGGGACUUGCAUAUGUUGCACCAGCUAAAGAUGGAGCCCCUGGAGGCCUCUGCUCUAAGGAGAGCCCUCAGUCAUCAAGUGACCAGCAGUCCAUUUACCUGAACACAGGCUUAACCAGCACCAAGAAUUACGGGAAAACCAUUCUGACUAAGGAAGCCGAUUUAGUAACCACUCAUGAGCUUGGGCAUAACUUUGGGGCUGUGCAUGAUCCAGAUGACGUUCCUUACUGUGCCCCCAGUGAGGACCAGGGAGGCAAAUAUGUCAUGUACCCCAUCGCUGUGAGUGGAGACCACACAAAUAACAAGCUAUUUUCCAACUGCAGUAAGAUCUCCAUAGUGAAAAGGCUGAGGCACAAGGGCCCGUCCUGUUUUAAGGAGAGGAACAGUAAGGUGUGUGGAAAUUCGCGGGUGGAGGAGGGCGAGGAGUGUGAUCCCGGGCUGCUCCACCUCAGCACUGACCUGUGCUGCACGGCCAACUGCAAGCUGCGGCCAGACAAGCAGUGCAGUGACAGGAACAGUGCCUGCUGCAAAAACUGCAUGUAUGAGAAGGAGGGGAAGCAGUGCCAGGAGCAGAUCAACGCUACCUGUAAAGGCGCAUCUCACUGCACAGGUAAAAGCAGUGAAUGCCCUCCUCCAGAGAGCCUUCCUGAUAAGACCACCUGUCUGGACAGUGGCCAGUGUCUCAAUGGAGAGUGCAUACCAUUCUGUGAGGCAUUUCUGGGCCUGCAGUCAUGUGCUUGCAACGAGACAGAUAACUCGUGUAAAGUGUGCUGCCGCAACGGGACAGGUACAUGCUCUCCGCACCAGGAUGAGAGGGGUAACUUCCUCUACCUGCGCAAAGGCAAACCCUGCACAGUGGGCUUCUGCGAUGGAAGCGGUAAAUGCAUGAAGCAGGUGCAGGAUGUCAUUGAGAGGUUGUGGGAUUUCAUUGACAAGCUGAACAUCAACACUUUUGGAAAGUUCCUGGCUGAUAACAUAGUGGGCUCGGUUGUGGCCUUCUCAUUGCUCUUCUGGAUCCCUCUCAGUAUUCUAGUGCACUGUGUGGAUAAGAAGCUUGACCAGCAGUAUGAAUUAAACACCAGAUCACUCUUUUACCCGAGUAAUGCAGAGAUGCUGAGCAGUCUUGAGUCGGCCUCUGUGCGCAUCUUCAAGCCACCCUCUGCCUCUGCUCUCUCCGCUGCCCCACGUUUCCAGACCACUGGCCCACUGCAGACCAGCACCCCUCCUGUCCUACUGCCUGCGACCUGUGUGACCCCUACAGCCCCAAGCCUUUUGCCCAGCAUGGAGCCUUCACGUAUGGCCACCAUCCAGGAGGACCCCAGCUAUGACUCUCACCUGGACGAGCAGGCACUGGCAGAGGAAUUCCCCAAUCCAGGCUCUGCCCCCCGUUCCUUUGAGGACCUGACAGACAGGCCAGAAAAAGCCCUGUCUUUUAGGAUGAAGAGACACAGGAGCAGCAAAGAGACAGAGUGCUGAAUUUGUGCAUGUUAGAUUAAAAUUUUGGCAAUAAAAUCUAAUUUACACAAUUUUCCCCUUACACUACAUGUAGUAAGCCUUUAGUUUUGAACUAGAGCUAAUACACCUCACAAAUAAUGGAGGCAAAUAAAAUUGUGUAAACUGCACACCUAAAUGAUCUCCCAACCCAAGUGGUAUAAAAAUUGGCAAAAGUACAUUGCCUAGCUACACACAGUAGUACCAGCAGCCUUCUGGAAGCCUGAAGCCUUUCUGUCUAUUUAUCUUGGCUGACUACAUUAGAGAUAAGGGGCAAAUUAUGGAAAUUUGAUUAAGAUUGGUGAGUAAACAAUAAAACGAGUGCAAGUGACAGCAUGAAUGCAGGUAGAGAAACAGAAUAGGCAUUGCUUGCAUAAGCGAAGUGUUGGCUGGUGGUUAUGUAAGGGUGUUACAAUCUACAGUAUUCAGAAAGCAGUAUGGUUUAGAUGAUCUGAAAUCGCAUAUAGUAUGAACAUAGCGUUUAAUGCUCAUGUUUCUGUAAUGCUGAGUUUAUUGCCAAGAAUGUAAGGACCUACAUGUUGGCUCUGAAUCUUUUUUCAAGUGGAAUGUUAACUAGGCACACUGGGUUGUACGAGAUCUAUGCACAUAUGACCAGCUUUAUUGUUAAACGGUAAUAAAGCAAACAGAAGUUUACAGGCCUGUUAAGUUAUAGUAGUCCUAACAGGCAUCCAGUUUAGGGAGGCAUGUACUGUGGAAUACGGCUCUGGUUGAAACAGCCUACUUUAUACUGCUCAUACUUACUGUACCUCUAGUAGUAAAUAGUAUACAGUAUGUGACAAACAUUAAUUUCUCUGUUAUGCCAAAGAUACCAGGAUGAUGUACUGCUCUGGCCAAAUAUGCAAAUAAGCAUGCAUAAGCAAUUAGCAAGCAUGCCAUCUUUCUGAUAUACUGCAUCCCAAAAUGCAACAUAUUCAUUUCAAGAGGACGUGUGACUCUGUAGUACAGUACACUGUACAUGAUGGUAAACAUCACUUACUGGAUAUUAUACUGUACACUACCAUACAGUAUACAGUUGAUACUGGUUCACUGUGCAGUACAUAGUAUACUGUUUCGAACACAGCCUGUGUUUAGUUCAGUUGUACUUUAAUACCUUUGUAUGCAUGAUUACAACUGCAGUAUUGUGCAUCUUUACGUAUUGGGUCACACUUUGUUUUGAUGGUCCCCUAUAGUUUAUCUAUAAAAGCCCACAUUGUCAGUAAACGACCUGUUGAUUAUCAACAGCAUUAGGUUUAGGAAUAGGACCAGGUUUAGGGUUAGGAUUUGGGUUGAAGAGAUGAUUUAAGCAGAUUUUAAGUUAGAGACAAGGUGAGCGUCAUCUACAGAGGACCAUUAAAAUGGAGUGUUACCAUAGAUUGUUAGUUUCUAACAAAAUAAUGAAUAUAAUGAGUAGUAACUCACUGGAAGUUACUUUACAGCAGAUGUCUUAAAAUCUAAACCAUGAAUCCAAUCUCCUGUCCUGGAUUUUGUAAUCACUGUUCAUUACUGGAACUGUUGAUUAGGGAUGCAAUGAUAUCAGAUUCAUAUUUGCUUUAAAAAAACAAAUUGCAUCAGACAGAUGAUUAGACUUUUAGGUUUUUUCAAACCAAUAUUCAAUGAUGUGUUUAUUAAACUCUGUAAGAGCAGUUUAUGUGAUGCUGGGUUACUGUGCUAACGUCAGCAUUUUUCCAGUUUUACUGUAUUUGUAACCGUUUAUUGUGUCACAUAAUGCUCUGUAAUGCUGAUCCAGUUGGAUCUAGUCCCACUUUCAGACAACGUACAUAGAGAAAUAUCGGAUUGCUACUGUUGAUGUAAAUGUUUGGCCACCUAGUGUCAUACCAACCUGUGAUUACAGGACAGGAAACUAGAUUCAAAGUCCAGAUUUGAAGAUAUUCUCUGUAUUUUUCUGCACUAACACACCAGAUUCUGCAGUGUAGUUGACGUUAAGGAGAGAACUUGAUAUUAGUGGGAAACGUAACAGUAUUUUUUCCAGCUUCAGUGGUAUAGUUCUGAAAAUACACAGGUAAUUGGGUUCUUUUUCAUAUUCACCAGCAAUUUAAAACCAGCGUUUCUGUCUUUGCUUAUCAUUUGUGUAUUCCCUUUUCUGGUGCUCCUUUAUGCAAGACAAUCAUAACAUUUCUUUAUGUAGGUGUAGAAUUUUGGUUUAAUAACUGAUUGUAGUUCAUGUGUUUGAAAUGUAAAGGUCUGUUUGGACAGAUAUAUGGCCUUCUGAUAUUUAAAUAUGAGUAUCAACAAAUAUUAAGAUUAAACAGUUGGUCAUUUGUAAUAUUCAGGAAGUUUUUAGCACAAAGAGUAUUGUUAAUCUCUCGAUUCUGUUUUAUAUUUUUAAGCAACGUACUGAAAAAGAGCAGCAUCCAAAGUGCCUUUCUGUAUGUCCAAAGAGUUUCUCUCAUGCUGCCUGUUUUCUUUGAAUAUUUUGGUUCCUCUCAAGUAUUAUGCAGCAUUGUCAAACUCCUGCAGUAGGAUCAACUUGUAUAUUCAGAACACCUGAAUCUGUCAUUUACUUGAAUGUAGUGAAGAUGCAUUUGCAUCAUGCUGUGUUCUCCUUUGUAGUUCAAGUGAAACCAUUUCUUUGUACCUAACAUGCAACGUUUCUAAAAUUCUGUUUUUGUUAUGUAGUUUGUUCUGCUGGGCUUUGUUUUUGUGCAUUUUCUUUGUGAGCAUAUCGUGAUGGGUGGCUGGAGUAUUUAGACUGUCUGCCACAACAUUUUGGACAUUUGAAUGAAUUAAUAUCUCUUCAGCUGUGAUUUUGUUUCUUUUCUUAUAAUAAAUUUAAAGUUACCCUUAA